AUGUCUCGCCAACAAGGUAUUAUGACCGGCGCCGGCGGAUCGUCCGAGCUGCUGCAGGCAGGGUUCACUCAGAAAGCCCUCACCGCGCUCGUGGCCCAGCACUCCUCCAACAAGUCUUUCGUAGACAGGGUGCAGCAAUACAUCCGGGACAGCGCAGCAUCCGUCGCACCGUUUGUGUCGAACGCCACCAAGGACGCGCUCGGGUAUCCCAUGGACCGGCUCAGCAACGGCAAUGCCCUGCUCGCCCUGUCUGGAAACGGCACGUACAGAAACACGACCGUGGACUAUGCCGCUGCGGCAGAGGCUUUAAGGGACAGUAUCGACCUCAACCGUCGCAACAACGAGGGCGGGCUCUGGUAUUACACAUAUCCGUACUGGAGCUAUCUCGACGGCAUGUACAGUCUUGCGCCGUUCUACACGCUGUAUUCGCUGGAUGCCGCGCUCGACGAUGGGACCGUCAACAUCACAGCUUUGGAUGACAUGUUGCUCCAGCUGGAGCUUCUGUGGCAGCACUGCCGUAACUCAACCUCAGGCCUGCUGGUCCAUGGCUACGAUGCAUCUUAUACGGCGGUCUGGGCAAACCCGGAUACGGGCGCUAGUCCUCACGUCUGGGGUCGCAGUCUGGGCUGGCUCGCCAUGGCGCUUGUGGAUACGCUGGAGGUUCUCGGAAAAGCAAAGGAUGCACGGCCUCUGAUAAAAUACACGGGCCGGCUCCGGGAAAUGUUCCAGAGCCUCGCAGCGGCGCUAAUUCGAGCUGCAGAUCCGGUGAGCGGCGCUUGGUGGCAGGUACUCGACCGACCGGGCGAUGAAGGGAACUAUAUCGAGAGCAGUGGCAGCGCCAUGUUUGCGUAUGCGCUUCUUAAGGGACGGCGGUUGGGUUACCUGGAUGGUGUGGCAGCUGCAAGUGAUGCAUCGCAGAUUGGGAUCAAAGCGAGCGCGUACCUGACAAAUACUUUUGUGGUGGAUAAUGGAAAUGGCGCUCUUGGCUAUAAUGGAACUGUCUCGGUCUGCAGCCUUAACUCUACUGCUUCAUAUGACUACUAUGUCGGUCAACCCAUUCUCUAUAAUAGUGUAUUGGGAUCGGCCGCUUAUGUGCUUGCUUCGCUUGAGAUGGAACGCUUGCAACAGUAG